AUGGCUACAAGAAGAAUUAAAUUAAUUACAGCUGCCUCAAUCUCAUAUCUUUCCUUUUACAUUGUGAGAGGUUUAGAGCAUCAGGUUGAGGAUCCCUUUGAAAAUACCUCCUUUGAUAGUCUAUACACUCAAAUAUUCAACUGGGGAAAUGACAAGACAUGUCCUACUAUUGAUGUUGAGGGUCAUGGAAUCCAGGAUCUUGGACACCUACAUCCUGAAUCAGAUAUUCACACACAUCAGGGGAAGCAUGAACAUAUCUAUGGGGAAGAGAUUGGUUCAAAGCUUCAAUUCCAGUAUAAUUAUCUGCAGGACAAAUCUUCAAUGCACACCACGCUAUGGAAUACAAACCAAGAUCCAGUUCAUCAUAUCAAUAAUCAUCAUAGAAUAGAGGAGAGUGAUCCAGUGACCAAUAGAAUGAGUCAAGUUAGAAUCCAAGGGGCACCACUAGCUGAAAUGACCAUAAACAAAGAGCCACAUACUUGGUAUCAACAUCAUCCUUCAAUUAAUAACCCAUACACAGCACCAUUUCACUUUUCACACACACCAGAAGAUACUGAUACUGGCCAUAAUCCAAGUGCAAAUUCACUGAAUCCAUCACACAUAUACCCCUCCUUGCCUUUCCCUCUGAAUGUAGACUUAGUUGAUGAUCUCUCAAGCAUUCCAACCUGUACAAAUGGUAAUGACAUAUUCCAGGGACUUGAAGAACAUCAGAAGCAAACAUCUCUAAAUACAAUUCCAAUGUAUCCACAUGAAAAUCCUGAAACUUUCCCAAAUCAACAGUUGUUGGAUCAUAUGAUGAAGUUCUCCCAUUCCUCAGACCCUGAAUUUAAUUUCAUGGAAGAAGAAACACCUGAAGGUGCUUUCAAAUUUUCUUCAGACACCAUCACAUCACACAACUAUAACAUUAUUGACUCUAGUUCAGGACACAAUCACAGAGGUAUUGCAGGAAACUCAUUUUCCAGCUCUCUUCUUGUGAACCUUCAAAGACAAUGUUUUCCCAGAAUGGAAAAUGCUCUGGAAGAAAAUAAAAUGCCCAGAGGUAUUUCAAUACAUUCAGAUUCAGUGGCAGAUAUACCCGAGAUAGGUGGAGGUGAAAGAUCUGCACAUACAGGUGUGGAUGGAUCAAUGUCUGAUUACACCUCCUUAAAUUCAAAUGAAAGGGAAAAGCCUACAAUGUCUACAGAGUUAUGGAAUAUGAAAACCAAUUUAGACUUAUCUUUUCCAAAUGAUAAGAUGCCCCAUCACUUGAUCAGGAAUAUCCUGAGAAGGAUUCCUGGUAGUCUUAGAGAAUUGGGUAGUACACAGCUCAGAAUGUAUGGUGAUUUAGUAAGCAUCAAUGACAAAUGGUUUCUUGAUUGGAAAAAAAGAUUUAAAGUCUCAGUUGAAAAUCUGGAUUUCACAGGAGGUGUUUUAACAGAUAUGAGGAAGAAUUUGGAACAUGCGGGAAGAAAAGUCAAUUCUGCAGUUGUGAUGGUAUUUCUUGGAUUUAUUGCUUUUGUUGAUGCACCAGAAAACCCAGAAAGUGAUUGCUACAACCUCUUCAAAAAAAGCUUACAUUGGAUACAAGGAUAUAUUGAUGGGUUUUCAAUAUUUGAUACCCAGAAAAUUCAAGAUAUAAUUGGUUCUGAGACAGAUAUAAAAAGAUACAAUAGAAUUUCACCAUUCAGAGUACUACAUGAACUCCUGUUUUUGAAGAGUCCACGUGAUUUCAAGCUUUAUGUAUAUUACCAAGUAUGGAAAGAAUGGAGAGAUGAAAAAGUGUUGUCAUUAUCAAUAAUUCCUUAUGGAUUAUUGAAUACAAAACUUAGAAUAUGGAUGCACAAAGGUUGUGGAAGAGACCAAAGCUAUGUGGACAGGAAUGAAGCAUAUUUACCAACAACUUCUGUCACUCCAAAGCUUUCCGAAAUAGCAACUAGUAGACAAACUCUAUUGAAUCAAGGAAGAUCAUGUGUCAGAUUCAUUUUGAAUAUUGAGCAAGAGUUGAGGGUUUAUUUCAAGCAGUUAAGGUCAAGCCUUCUUACCAAGGUAUCUGAUAAGAAACCAUCAUUGGGACCCAGUGAAAUAAAAUACUACAUAAGCAGGGUUGAAAAUGCCAUCAGUAACUUAAAGUUGAGAUUGGUUCCUUCUCUUUUUGGUGUAGUGAAGAUAGUCUUAGAAAAGGAAACUGGAAGUAGUGAGUUCCUUCACAUCAUUCUGCGAGAUGUGUGGGAUUUUCUCCAAAUACAGUUUUCAAUCUUGACCAAAGUGGACUUUGACACAUUAUUUGUGGGCUCUGCAAAAAUGAGUCAUGCAUCCUCAAAUAUCUGUCAAGAGUCUCAAUAUAUGAUGGAGAUAUUCAAAAAAAAUUCAAGUGUAUUGAAGAUCAUAAAGGUGGAACCUACAAUAUGGGACCUAUUAAAGAGGUGGCCAAAGCCAUCAUCAAUCAAGGACCAUGUGAGACACUUGGACGAGGUAUUGGAGACUUGUAUACCAGAACAGUUUCCAUUAUGGUUGAAGGAAAAUGGUUUUAAUUUGUCAAAACAAGAAAUGGAGGCUUGA